CGGAGGCUUAGUUUUCCUUUUAUCGCCGUAGUAAGUGACAAAUUGCAAAGUCAAAGCCUCGAUGUCUCUAUCAAACUUUUGUCAUUUUCAAAAAUCACAAAAAGUGCACGUUCAUGCGACCUCUCUCGGGGUAACUUCGAAUGUUUGGUUCAAACCAAUAUUUCCAAAGUUUGUUUUCACAAUCUAGUCGCAUUUUCUCGUCGGUGUCCAUUCCUUUAAAAGUUUACUUCCUCAAAACACGCUAGAUUUAUUGCUUAAUAUAAAUGUUUAGACUGUGACAGAUGUUGUUUCUAAGUGGUAAAAUUAAUUAAAAUCUUCAUUAAUUUGGUAAGUUCAAUUUCAAUAUCACACCCUACUAUUCGCCAUUUAAUCUAACAGCCACAAAAUGUCCGAGAAAAGGAAAUCUAACUCCAGAACAUCACAAGGUGGCAUAUCCAAUAAACGUCUGAGAAAUGCCAAUGUCAAGAUGAGAGCAGGAUGUGUCCUUUACAUGGCCCUGAAAAACUUCAUGUGUCACUCUUUUCUGGAAGUUGAUUUUGUAAAUAACGUUAACGUUGUUGUCGGCAAGAACGGUAGUGGUAAAAGUGCUUUGUUAACAGCACUGAUUUUGGGCUUAGGUGGAAGAACAACCUUAACAAGCAGAGGCACAAAUAUAAAAGCUCUCAUAAAAUCUGGCAAACCAUCUGGGUCCAUUGAAAUACAUUUGAACAAUUCUGGAGAUUAUGCCUAUAAACAUGACAGUUUUGGCAAUAAAAUUAUAAUUAUUAGAAAUAUAACUGUAAAUGGAUCUGGCAGUUAUAAAGUUAAAAAUGAAAAUGGAGUUUCUGUAUGUGGUUCAGCAAAGGAGGUCUCAAAUAUUGUAACAUCUUUUCGAAUACAACUGGACAAUCCAAUAUGUAUCUUAAAUCAAGAUAUAUCAAGAAACUUUUUAAGUAGCAAUGAUCCUAAACAGAAAUUUAUUUUAUUCAAAAGGGCUACUAGACUUGAUCAUCUGUAUGAUGAGUAUAAUAAGAUUAAACACAAUAAAAUAGAAAUGGUUACAGAAUUUACUGGGAAAGAAUCUUUAUUUAAGAAAAUGCAAAAUGAAUUAAAAAUGUUGCAAAUAAAGAUUGGCAACCACAGCCAGCUCAUUGCCAUGAAAGAGAGGAAAGCAGACCUUCAGGUUGAGUUACUGUGGGCAAAAGUAAGAGAUUUGGAAAAAGAACUGGAAGAAAAAGAAACGCAACUGAAAAUCGAGGAAGCAAAGAUCAGUGAAGUAGAAAAUGAAAGGGGAAAAAAGGGCGAAUUGCUGGAACAAUUAAGGGAAACAAAUAGUCUUUUAGAUAGAGAAGAAACUGAAGUAGUGAACUCAAUUAAAUUGCAAAAACGAUAUCAAUCAGAUGCGCAAAAGGAACGUAAGACUGCUCUCGCAGCUUACAAUGAAAAAAAGAAUGAACAGACAAAAAUCAACGUCGUCAUUGAGUCAAGAACAAAGGACCUGGAAUAUCUUAAGAAAGAAAUUGAUAGCGCUAAUGAAAAAUUGACCAAAGCUGAACAGGAGGAAUUGGAACGUUUGCAGACAUUAAGAUCAUAUGAAGAAAAACUUAAAAGCACUGAAGAACACUUACAAACCAGCAGGAACGAUUUGUUUCAAGUUUCCAGCCAUUUGUCUUAUAAAGAAAAUGAAGAACAAAAUUUUUUAAAUGAUAUAAAAAACCUUAAUAUAAAAAUUCGUAAUGAUGAAUUAAGUUUACAAGCUUUGACAGAGGAAUCAGGAAACAAUCUUAUAUUGUAUGGUGCAGAUAUGCUCAAAGUCAAACAGAAGAUUCAAGAGCAUAAGAAUAGUUUCGCGCAUGAGCCUAGAGGCCCAUUGGGUCAAUAUAUCAAGGUUAAGGACAAGAAAUGGGUGGUUGCAGUUGAAGGGUUCAUUUCCCCCAAACUGUUAAGUGCUUUUGCUGUAGACAACAAAGGAGAUCUUCAGCUGUUAAGGAAGAUAUUUGACCAGUGCUGUUCAGGACAAAAACAGCCGACAAUUAUUACUUCCAAGUUCAUUUAUCAGAAACAUGAUGUGACAAGGAACUUGGUUGAAUCACCUCCCGACUGCGUGGCCCUGUAUGAUGUCAUAGAGAUAGAGGAUCCAAUCGUUUUCAAUUGCAUUGUCGACCAGUCGGGGAUGGAAAAUAUUCUUCUCAUACCCACUGACGAGCGGGCUCAAGAACUCCUUUCCAUGCAGGAACGAGUUCCCCGAAACUGUGUCCAAGGUGUUACCAUGCAAGGCGACAAAUACUACCCUGAUCCAAAUUAUAGGUCAUACGGAUCCAGACAACGUCGAGCCAAAUAUCUCCAGAUUGACACCAAGGAACAUGCGGUGCAACUGGCGACUGGUAUCGAACUGUUAAAAAAGGAUUUAGCUGCCAAAACUACGGAGCUAAAUAAUUUUAAGCAAGAUAUGAGCGAUAAAAUUAACGAAAAAAAGGAGUUAGAAGACAAGAUAAAAAAAUUAAACGACGCCAGGCAACGCGUCAGACAAAAGAUAAAUGAGAUCACUUCCUCAGCUGAGCCUGAAGUAACCAACGUAAACGUUUUGCAAAAUGAAGUGAGUGAAGUUGAAGGUGUGAUACAAGAAAAGACUACUGCUUUAGCACUUGUGGAAACGGAACUCCACGAUUUAAAGACUAAAGUGGACGAAAUAGAGGAUAAACUAGAAAACUUCAAUAAAGCGAUUGAGGAUCUUGAAAGCAGAUUGGACCCUAUUCGGGAACAAAAGUGGGCCAAUAAAAGGAAGUUGGAUGGGGCAUUAAUGGGUGACCAGUUUCUGGAAAGUCAAUUGGAUGUAUUGAACGAGAAAGCAAACAGCGUUCGUGUUGAAAUAGUUGUGAUUCAGAAUAACUUAUACGACCGAGUUUCCAAAGCCGAAAAAGCUGGAGAACGUUUGCCUCAACUGAGAGAAGAAGCAGAAAUUGCUAACGAGAUUAUAGAACUGGAGAAGUCUGUGGCUAACAUUGAAUCAAUGUCACAUAAUAUCACCGACGUGGUACAAAAGUACAAGUCUCUAAAACUAAAGUACAACGAGACAGCACACGUAAUAGAAAAGCUGAAUUUAAAUAUUACUGCACUAACUGAAGCUUUAAAAUGCCGAAACCGUUACUGUAAAAUAACGGAAAACUACUUUAUUUCCUACAUUAAGUAUUCAUUCAAGAAAAUUUUGGAAACUUCCAAUUGUAAGGGAACAAUUAAUAUAGAUUGUGAAAGAGAAGAAUUGGAGCUGAUAGUCAUACCACAGGAAGGUACACAGGGUGUGACCAAAACUACCAAUUUGUCAGGAGGGGAAAGAUCAUUCUCCACUGUUGCUUUUCUCUACUCUUUGUGGCAGUGUAUGGAUUUCCCAUUCUAUUUUUUGGAUGAGUUUGAUGUUUAUAUGGAUAAACAAAAUAGAACAAAGGUUUUCAAUAUACUGGUUAGUCAUGCUAAUACACGGCCACACUUGCAACACGUUUUUUUAACACCUCAGGACGUUUCAUUUCUGGAUACGAAGGAUGUUUGUGUUUUGAAGUUGAAAGGCCCAGAUGAGGCAUAAUGUGCAAUUAUUUUACUUUUGGAAUGUAUUUUUGAGUUUAUGAUUUAUUCUAUGUUCUAUGUUGAAUUAAAAUAAAAAUAUAUUUUGAUUCUUUU